GCAAAAUAUUAUUUUCAUUUCGCGUUUGUAGUCGGUUAGACGUUCAAGAUGAAGGUUACACUUCUAAUCUUAGCAUUUAUAGURGUUUCCGUGAACUGGACCACAGCGUCCUUCUUGGAACGCAAUUUAGUGUGCUUUUACGAUUCAAAGGGCGUCACACGCGCAGGUCAAGCACAAUUCAGCACGGCUGACUUGGAAAUCGCGCUACAGUUUUGCACACAUGUUAUCUACGGCUAUGUAGGCAUCAAACCGGAAACCUUCCAGCUAAUGAGUCUCAAUGAAAAUCUGGAUAUACAGCGCCGUCACUUCGCCACUGUCACUGCGCURAAAGAGAAGUAUCCACAUAUCAAAUUUCUACUGAGCGUCGGCGGCGAUCGUGAUGCUGGUGGUCAUGAGAAGUAUAUCAAUCUGUUGGAGGCAGGUCGCCAGAAGCAAACCGCUUUCAUAGACUCGGCGCGUGAUUUYCUGCGCAGCUACAACUUUGAUGGCAUCGAUUUGGCUCUCCAACUGCCCCGCAAUAAGCCAAGGAAGGUGCACUCAGAUGCCGGCGCUGUGUGGAAGAGUUUCAAGAAGUUYUUCACUGGUGACUUCAUUGUCGAUGAGAAGGCGGAUGAGCACAAGGAAGAGCUCACCGAUUUGAUUAAGGAUCUGAAGAAUACAUUACGCUCCGACAAUUUACUGUUAUCGCUGACAGUGCUACCGAAUGUCAACUCGAGUUGGUACUUCGAUGCGCCGGCUAUAGCCGAUAGUUUGGAUUUGAUCAAUUUGGCUGCCUUCGAUUUCCUCACACCUGAACGUAAUCCCGAAGAAGCCGACUAUUCCGCGCCACUUUAUGAGCUCUACGAUCAAAAUCGUCUGUCUCAUUAUAAUGUUAACUUCCAAGUGGAGAAUUGGCUGUURCAACGUGUGCCCGCCGGCAAGAUCAACGUGGGUAUUCCCACUUUUGGACGCGCUUGGAAGAUGACUAAGGAUUCCGGUAACACUGGUUUGCCGGUAGUACCAGCAACAGAGGGUGCAGCACCUGCCGGACCCAUAACUAAAACACCAGGUCUCUUCAACUGGCUGGAAGUAUGUCAACGCCUACCAAAUCCAUCCAACAUCAAUGCGAAARGUGCUGAUGCCCCWCUACGCCGUAUUAGCGAUCCCACUAAGCGUUAUGGCACUUAUGCUUUCCACACCGCCGAUGAGGAUGGCGCUAACGGUGUAUGGGUAAGUUAUGAAGAUCCCGACACGGCUGCCAGCAAGGCGGGUUAUGUGAAGGCCAAGAAUUUGGGCGGUGUGGCGCUGUUCGAUAUCACUUUGGAUGAUUUCCAUGGUCAAUGCACCGGCGACAAGUUCCCCAUGUUGAGGGCUGUCAAAUACCGAUUGCUUUAGGCGCGACGAUUGGCGGAA